AUGGCCUCAAACACAAAUGACCCCUCCAAUGGUUUGCUAAUCAACUUACCAAAAAAUGGCAACUUGCCAUUCUGCAGCCAUCGACGCGCAAAUUUGCGCGGCUCGUUCCGCUUGCCAUCGCGAGAUCCCGACGCCGUGGCCUCCUCUCCCGCGCGAGUGAAUUUUCAUCGUCGGUUCCCGCUGUCGUUCCGGGGGAAGUUCUUGCCCGGUAAUAACAACAAGCAGGGAGGCAACGAGAAGAAGUGUUCAAAGAAGCGGGGGAUGGACGCAGCAGACGACGUCGUCUACGGCAUGUCCAGGGCGUCGUCGGCGCUGCUGAGCUCCGCGUCGUCGCUGGACUCGAACACAUCAUCGGCGUCGUCGUCGUCGUCGGCGUCGUCUCGCUCAUCCACGGCCUCGUCCUCGCCGUCGGUCUCGGGGGUGCUUUACCCGCCGGCGGUCAAGCGGCAGGCGAGUAAUAAUAAGAGGCCCGCGUCGUCGUCCCCGGCGGCGGGCGCGGCUGCCGUGGUGCUGUGCCUCCUCAUGGUGGUGUUCUGCGGCCGCGUCGGGGCCACGCUGCUCACGUCCACGGCGCUCUACCUCUUCCCGCGGCGGUGGCGGCCCGCGACGACGACGCGUAAGGAGAAGAAGGGCGCCGUCGACUCGCGUCAUCGUCAAGCGUCGCCGAGGAAGAGGAGACGGCGGAGAGGAAGGUGGUUAUGGAGGGGUCCUCGGUGA